CGGGACUUGAUCACGACACAAUCAAUUGCUUCUUCUCCUUUCGCUAUAUCAUUUCACUGAGACGGUCCGUCAAACUAUGGGCCUUUGUAGGUAGGCGAUGAUCUGUCGACAGUGCAAUGGCCAAUGGAGCAGUGGCGCCUAUACCGACGCCGCAAUUUCCCACGCAUAAUGCUCCCCGAGUCUGGCUACUAACCUCCGGAGACUCGCCCAUUGCCAUUUCCGUUGCGCGCCAAGUGCUUGACCAUGGCGACUACGUGGUCUCAGGCAUCAUACAAGCCGACUUUGAGGAUGAAAGUGUACGAAGUGAGGAAUUUAAAAACUUCCUCUCCGAAGUGGUACGAACAAAUGGGUGGAAAGAUCGAUUAAAAAUUGUACCCUUGGACAUUCGACAUGUUGGGCAAUGUCAAGCAGCCAUCGCAGAAGCAGUCCACGGUUUCAAAAAGAUAGACAUUCUGUUCUGCUGCACCAGCGAAGCCAUCAUUGGAACAGUGGAGGAGCUCUCGGCAAAUCCGCGAACAUUGACUAUGGUUCGAGACCAAUUCGAGAAGAACUUUUUUGGGCCGAUGAAUAUAAUUAAAGCUGUGAUCCCUCACAUGCGAUCAAUGAUGAAUGGACACAUCAUCGUGCUUGGUGGCAUCACAGGUCAUCUUGGAACACCUGGUUUGAGCAUGUAUUGCGCUUCGGGCUGGGCGCUGGAAGGCUUCUGCGAUAGUAUCGCUUACGAGAUCGCUCCUUUCAACAUUAAGCUGACUAUCCUCCAAGCCAGCGUAGAGAUAGGAAUUCUGACCAACAAAAUCACCUCAGCACCUCCGAUGAAAGAAUACUCGAAAGAAUUUGGACACACUGCACCCAUGUUCCGAGGAAUCCUCGAUGGUUUGCUGAAUCGUCUGCCAGGGAUUCGAUCUCAGUAUCCUCCACCGCCGGAGAGCGAGAUUCAGUCGCCUUCCUCGGAGGCGGAGAGACAAAGUGGGCCCUAUCUCCUCAAUCAGAAUGGAGUGGUUAGUCUGUAUCCGCCUCUCAGCUAUGCCCACACGGAGAAACUCGUAGCCGAGACUGUGCAUGCAUUGACGGCUAUUGGUGGCCAUGAGAAUCCUCCUGCAAGGCACAUUGUGGGCGUUGAGGGCGUGGCCAGCGUCAAGGAAAAACUCAAGACGGUCAGUGAGGAGCUGGAAGAAUUUGUCGAGACGAGCGCGUCAGCCGACAUGGUGAAACCCGGAUCAGGGUAUGGCCGUGCGUCAAGCGUUGCUGAAGUAGAUUUCAAAGAUUUGGAGGAUGUCUUUGAGACGUCUUUAGGCCCGCGUUAAGCUGGUAUGCUUGGCUAGUUAGAAAGCAAACACUUGGUCUGAAUCUCAGCGUUGG